AUGACGGAGAAAGAACACGUAGAGAUUGAUGGAGUAAACCGACCAUAUGAGUGCUCUGGUACACAUCUACCUCCAGUAAACCCUCCAUAUGAGUGCUCUGGUACACAUCUACCUCCAGUAAACCGACCAUAUAAGUGCUCUGGUACACACCUACCUCCAGUAAACCGACCAUAUGAGUGCUCUGGUACACACCUACCUCCAGUAAACCGACCAUAUGAGUGCUCUGGUACACACCUACCUCCAGUAAACCGACCAUAUGAGUGCUCUGGUACACACCUACCUCCAGUAAACCGACCAUAUGAGUGCUCUGGUACACAUCUACCUCCAGUAAACCGACCAUAUGAGUGCUCUGGUACACACCUACCUCCAGUAAACCGACCAUAUGAGUGUUCUGGUACACAUCUACCUCCAGUAAACCGACCAUAUGAGUGCUCUGGUACACAUCUACCUCCAGUAAACCGACCAUAUGAGUGCUCUGGUACACACCGACCUCCAGUAAACCGACUAUAUGAGUGUUCUGGUACACACCUACCUCCAGUAAACCGACCAUAUAAGUGCUCUGGUACACAUCUACCUCCAGCUUCAUUCAACACCUAA